AUGGCGUCUGCUGCGAAGUCAGAUUUCCCGCAAUUCCUUGAUGGCGACGUCCUCCUCGUUGUGUCAACCACCCAAACCUACAAAUUGCACUCUCAGGUGCUCUCGACGCACUCAGUCUUCUUCGCACAGGAGAUCGCUGCUAAACCUCCCCCACGUCUCAACGCUCAAGCUCGUCGCGAUCGUGCUGCCGCCUACCGCUUUGAAUAUGUCACUCCGUUCGAGACUGGUGAGAUCGGCAAAUGGGUGCGCAAGGAUGUGAAUGAACAUGGCCGCAUACCUCGAGCCAGUGCCAGUGCGGCUCUCCUGCCCGACUUCGAUAAUGGAAAGGUUGCAAACAAUACGUACAAGGCUUGGGACUGGCUUUUUGGCAUUUUCUACAAUCGCGAGCCAUCUUUCGUCAAUGAUGCUUUAGCCAAGGUCAUCGCCGACAUCUCUGUCCUCAUCGAAUGCGCCGAAUCCGUUGGCUCCAUCGACCAUGUGCGCGAUGUUGUCGACCUUGCUCUCCUUCGGCAGGACAUAAUGCUCUGGAGCUCAAUCUUGGGCAACCCUGUGGCCUGGCUCGAACUCGGCCGUCGCGUGCGUUCGCCAACAAUCUUCAGCGAGGCUGCGAUUCACUUGAUCGGUCAAUGGGGCACGUUGCCAGAAGACGACAAACUAAAUAUCCCCGAUGACCUUCGUGAUUUCCUUGAGCAUAAGGCCAAUGAGCUCGAUCUGGCCAAGGAAGCCAUCGAACUGCGCAUUCUCGGCCACUACCCACAGUUCAUGUUGCGGACUGCUGCCGACAAACCCGGUCGCCCGUCCUACUCCUCAGAUAUCUACAUGUGGAUGGCCGUCUGCUUCUUCCGUCAAUGGUUUGCUCAGAGCAUCUCGGACGACCGCACUCGUCGUGCCCCUGACGGCGGUCUGAACUUUUAUACUGCGCUGUACGAAGGCGGCCAGGCUUACUUGACACACCUCGAUUUCCAAGAGUUUCACCGCUACUUUCCCAUGAGCAUCAAGGCCUGCCAUGUCCUCGAGGCCAACAUGGGCGUCUUGAAGGAAGAUGUCAAGAAUUUCGUGAGUGAUCUCAUGGUCGAGUGCACCCAUCUCAAGCGGGACGAUUACCCUGCAAUCACAUGGUUGACUUGUGCCAAGAUCGACAAGGAUGACCUGCCAUGGCACAUUCCGACUCCUAAGGGAAAAGACGACCAGUUGCAGACCUUGUACAACCAACUCGACGACGAGAACAACACCUUGGCCGAGCAGGCUAGGCAGAAACAGAAGAAGGCUGGCGCCGUCGCUGCUGCUACUAGCCCUCCAGUUGCACGUACUACUCCAGCUGCACGUACCCCAGCCCGACCACGAAAGCGUGCUAGGAUCAUUGAAGAUGAUGGUGAUGACGACGACGAUUUUGAUGAUGUCGAUGAUGGGUCCGGCAUGUUCAUCCCCGAGCGUCGUGACGACGUCAUGGCCGAUGACGACGACGAGGAGGAGUAG